UAGCCACCCACCCACCCAACGCCUUCACUCCCCCUCGGGAAAAAGAAAAAGAAAAAGAAAAGUCUCAUCAUUCUUUCUUCUUAUUUAGACCCCCUUCCUCUUUCUCUGCCAUUCCAAUCAACACCUCUCUCUCUCUUUCUCUCAAGCUCUCUUGUUCAUCUUCAAGAACACACACACACACCAAAUCAGUCUCACACCAUCUCUUCAAAUGGGCAUGGAUGAUCUGUGCAACACAGGCCUUGUUCUGAGUCUAGGCCUCGAGACGCCCUUCAAGAUCGAAGCCCAGAGGCAAGCCAAACAGCGCCUUAGCUUCGAGCCCUCUCUCACGCUGUGCCUCUCCGGUGCGAACAGAGCUACCUGCGACGAGCAGCCGCCGGCCGACCUCUUGUAUCGCCAGGCGUCGCCGCACAGCCACAACAGCCUCAGCGCGGUGUCGUCGUUCUCGAGCCCGCGGGUGAAGAGGGAGAGGGACCUCAGCAGCGAGGAGGCCGAGGUCGAGACGCUGGUGUCCAAGGCGAGCGACGAGGACGAUGACGGCGCGAAUGCGAGGAAGAAGCUCCGGCUCACUAAGGAACAGUCUGCUCUUCUGGAGGAGAGCUUCAAACAGCAUAGCACUCUCAACCCUAAGCAAAAGCAAGCUUUGGCGAGGCAGUUGAAUCUGCGGCCGCGCCAAGUCGAAGUGUGGUUUCAAAACAGGAGAGCCAGGACGAAGCUCAAGCAGACCGAAGUGGACUGUGAGUUCCUCAAGAAGUGCUGUGAGACGCUGACCGACGAGAACCGGCGAUUGCAGAAGGAGCUCCAAGAGCUCAAGGCCCUGAAACUGGCCCAACCCUUUUACAUGCACAUGCCCGCGGCGACGCUCACCAUGUGCCCGUCGUGUGAGCGGAUUGGUGCGGGCCCAAGCGUCGACACUGCGGUGCCGACGAAGAGCCCGUUUUCGAUGGCAACGAAAUCCCACUUGUAUAGUCAUCACUUCACCAAUCCUUCUGCUGCUUGCUGAUUAGAAGCUAUUAGGGUUUUAGAGAUAUUACAAAGAGAGAGAGAGAGAGAGAGAGAGAGAGAGAGAGAGAGAGAGAGAGAGAGAGAGAGAGAGACAUAUAUAGACUCCCAAAUCACAACCCCUAUAAUUUUUGCUUGAGGGCUUGUAGCUAGUUAAAGAUCCAAUGUAAUUAUUUGUUAGGGAAAUAUAGUAAACUCCUGAUGGAUCAUCUCCUAGUUUUCUUUCUUUCUUUUUUGGGCUUAAUCUGUAAAUGUUUUAACAAUAUAUCUGAGGUUAUCAAUGGAGGAAUUACUUUAAUUUAUUA